AUGUUCCUCAGUCCUCUCUUCGCAGCGGCGUCGGAAAUUCCCCACGUCUAUGCAUGCUUUACUGGCACCGGAGUGGCGUAUGUGAAAAGAAUCCAUGAUCGCUACGAGUCUGUCGUCCGCAUCGGACCCAAUAGCGUCUCGUUCGAUACCGCCACCGCCAUAAGACAUAUCUAUGGCCGCCGCCCAGGCAAACGGGGAUACGCCAAAGACCCGGAUCUCUAUAUCAUGCCCCCAAGUGGCGCUGCAGGAAUCGGGGAAUCCGACGAUGUCAACCACGCCCGCCAGCGACGGUAUCUGGCGCCCGCGUUCUCCGAAAAGGAGCUUAACAAGCGGCAGUAUCUGAUCUAG